CUGGGGGAAGAAAACUGCAAACUCCCCUUUUUCCUCUGGAAAAUACACAUGGGGAGGAGGAAAGGAGGAACCGGGCAGGUGACAGGACACUCAGGUUACCACCACAACUCCUCCCUCAACCCCUCCUUUUUGUGAUGUAUCAAUGAUGUAGUUGUGAUGUAGUUGUGAUGUAGUCUUAGGGGUGUAGCAUGAGGGAUUAGUAGCUAAUAAAAGUUGGGGUCUCCUUUUGUUCAGGGCUUCCAUCUUGCUUGUCUUGCAGUGAGUGGGAGUCCUGUCGGGACAGUCUUCAAUAAAGACCAAGCCUACUGGCUGCUGUUUUGCUCCAGUUAUCCUGGUUGGUGUCUUUGCUUUUUGUCCAAGGGAGCCCUCGGAUUUCUCCGUAACAAACCAGAAGGUCCUCUUUGGCUUCAUCCGGCAGGAUCUCCUUCUGUUCUCAUGGCUCUGGGCUACAGUGGUACCUCAGGUUACAGACGCUUCAGGUUGCAGACUCCGCUAACCCAGAAAUAUUACCUCGGGUUAAGAACUUUGCUUCAGGAUGAGAACAGAAAUCGCGCGGCGUCAGCGGGAGGCCCCAUAAGCUCAAGUGGUACCUCAGGUUAAGAACAAUUUCAGGUUAAGAACGGAGCUCCAGAACGAAUUACCGUAAGUUCUUAACCCGAGGUACCACUGGACUUCCAAGGAGGGGCGCAGCGAGUGCGCAGAGGUUCUGCAAUGAUGUCCUGCAUCCCUUCCGGUCGGGCCCUCUGAGGACAGAGGUUCUUCUGAAGCCCCCCUGCGCCGCAUUCCCCGCCCACGGAUUCUCCCCUCCAAAUCCCCCCCUCCAGUCGCCUCGCCCCCGCCCCUUAGGGAAGGCACGCCGGGUGAGCGAAAGCCCUGAGCCGGCCUUAGCGGGAAGGAAAGACGCGGUAUUUUUGGAGAAGUGAAAGGAAAACCCUGCGUCAACAACUAGCGAACUUUCGGUUUUGCAGGGAAGAGGAAAAUCAGCUGGUUUCUCAGAAAGCACCGGGAAGGGGGAGGGGGACGCGGCCGGAGGCUAUAUGAGGGCGGCCGGGGCUCGCCGGGCUCGGAGCUCUUCGGCAGCAAGAUGUGGAGCAAAGUGGCCCGCGCGCCCGCCCUGGCGCUGCUCUUGGCCGCCGGCGCGACGGCCGGAUUCACCUAUUCCCGCUCGGACCCGCCGGUCCUGCCCGUCGUCGAGGCGGCGGAGAAGCGGUUUAAGCCCUCCUCGCCAGCCCAGAGCUCCCUGGCCGGCACGUGGGUCAACGAGCUGGGCUCCAAGAUGGUCCUCAACCCUCCCGACGACUCCGGCCAGUUCACAGGCUCCUACCUGACGGCCGUCUCCGCAGCCCAGAAGCCCAUCCGGGUGUCUCCGCUCGUGGGCGCCCAGCACGACCCGAAGGGGGCCGAGGAGGAGUAUACCUUUGGCUUCCUGGUCAACUGGUCGUUUUCAGACUCCAUCGCUGCAUUUGCAGGGCAGCGCUUUGUGGAUGCUGAAGGGAAGGAGACCCUGGAGACAACUUGGCUUCUGCGGCAGAAGGUGGAAUCCCAUGGCGAUGACUGGGAGGCCACUCGGGUUGGCAGGAACGUCUUCACACGAGCAGCAUAACAGGAUCCGAGAGACUCACUCGCUGCUGCCGCUGCUCUCCCAUCUACCACCUGCAGGAAGAGGGCUUCCCUUUCCCUUCUUGAUUAAACAUUUAUAUAGAUUAUUUCUUCUCCAAAAAUGCACCAUGGCUGUGACAGGCCCCCGCCCUCCCUCCCCAGCAAGUGAAGAAAGAGCUCUGGAGGCUCCGACCUGAACGGAUGAACUCAAGUGACAAGGAAGGAGAUUCCAGCUAAACAUCGGUUAGAGUGAAGUCAAAAAACACACCAAGGACCAAAAACAUUUAGAGAAUCAGAUUAAAUAGAGAUGAAAAGUACAAAUAUGAAAGUAAUGUCUUUCUAGAAACUGUAUGUAUAGAAUAAAUUGUGGUUUGUACUCCUUAAAUGAUUGUAUUGAACAAA